GUAUUUGACUAAGAAGAGAUGGGUCGCCGUCCUGCCAAGUGCUACCGCUUCCAAAACAAGAAGCCGUUCAUCAAGUCGCGCUACUGCCGUGGUGUGCCGGACCCCAAGAUCCGCAUCUACGAUGUCGGUAACAAGAAGGCGUCCGUCGAUGUCUUCCCCUUUGUCGCCCACUUGGUGUCGGACGAAAAGGAACAAUUGUCGUCGGAAGCUUUGGAAGCUGCCCGCAUUUCGGCCAACCGAUACUUGACCAAGUUCUGCGGCAAGGACAACUUCCACAUGCGCAUCCGUUGCCACCCUUUCCAAGUGUUGCGUAUCAACAAGAUGUUGUCGUGCGCUGGUGCCGAUCGUUUGCAGACGGGUAUGCGUCACGCUUACGGUAAACCGACCGGUGUUGCUGCCCGCGUCGCUAUCGGCCAACCCAUUAUCUCGGUGCGCUCCAAGGACUCGUUCGGCCCUGCCGUCGUCGAAGCCCUUCGCCGUGCCAAGUUCAAGUUCCCUGGUCGCCAAAAGGUGUUGGGUUCCAAGAAGUGGGGUUUCACCAAGUACGAACGUGACGUGUACGCCAAGCUCCGCCAAGAAGGCGUAUUGGCGUUGGACGGGAACCACGAAAAGUACAUUCCCAACCACGGCAAGCUCAAGGCCCCUCGCGUCACCAAGUAAAUGCUUUCCCGCAUCCUUCAACGCUAGAGCUAGAAAUCUCUUGUAACUUAACCACUUUUACGAUUGUUGUUGGUCGCCUCA